UAGAUAAUGAACCUAAUGAAUUAAUUAAUCGAUAUUUUCAAUAACAAAAAUUGUAUUUUAAUAAAGCGAUAAAUUGGGGAUCUUCUGUUCAAAUAUUUCAAUUAAAAAUGGUUAUAAGAAACGUGUAUAAAGCCACUAGUAUUAAUUACCAUAUUAAAAACUAUUUACCUAAUUUAAUUAUUUUUUCUGGAUACCCUGAGUCAAGAAAAAAUUUAGUUGCAUUAGCUAAUUUGAUUACGAAGAAAAAUGGUGUACAGAUGUGUGUCAAUAUUGAAAAGACAUCGCUUACGCCGAGUCAAAAGAAAAUAUGCCUUGAAAAAGGAAUUCAAUGGUUAAAGAAUUCUAGAAUCAAAUCUCUAUAUGUUGUCCUUGAUAACACAGAAUUGGAUUUAGCUACUCGUAUAAUAUAUAGCUGUGGACAUGGACAAUUGAAACCAAAUAUAGCAAUGGUUGGAUACAAAUUCGAUUGGCUAAAUUGUCCGAAUCACGAUCUUCAAGCUUAUUUAAAUAUUUUCAAUGUGUCACAUAUGAAUAACAUAUCAACAGUCAUGGUUCGAGUGUCAUCAACAGAAAGUUAUGAUAAUCAAAAUUCAUUAAUACAAGAUUUUAAGCACUUAGACAAAAAUGAAGAUAUUCCGUGCCGAAUAAAAUCAAAUCAAAAUAUAAGAAAUCAACAAAAAUUAAAAAAAAUGUUAUCACUGUAUCGAGUUAAAUUCGAUUACUUCGAUGUAAUUUUAGCAAAAACUACUAGUCCUACUUUGGCUACAACAUUGUCAUAUUUCAAUUCUCUAUUAGAACACACAGCUUCCAAGGAUUUUGGUAAUAGCAAUUUAGAAAAAGAACACAUYUCUAAAACGUUGUUUUUAAGAGAUUCAAUUAAAUUGCAUUCAAUUAAUUCUGAACUUAUCAUCUUAACGGCGCCAAAAAAUAACGAAAUCAAUUUAUUGUUCAUGUGUUGGAUAGAAACGAUUACUAGAGGGUUACCACCGUGUCUUAUUGUCAACGGGUGUUCAGGCCCAGUUCUUGCCAUCGAUGCUUAAACCAUAAAUAUAAUUACUAUAUAAUAUGUACGYACUCGUGAAUUUAUUUUCAUAUUAAUACAGAUUUCUAGUAAGCAGUUUUUUUGUUAUUAUUCGUGGCUAGAUUAUUGAGCCAAAACUAUUAAGGUCCAAUUUUUGGUUUCAAAUAUAAAGUUCUCAAAAGAAUUAUUUGUAAUUGUUAUUUUAUAACAUGCUAUAGAAAUGAUAUGUUGAAUUCAAAAAAAAAACUGUUACAUUUGCACUUCUUAGAAACGACGAAGUCAAAAAUAUUACAAUUUUGAGAGAUUUUUGAUGUGUCUAAAAAAAAAGAAAUUAGUUUUUYCAUAAAUACCUAUUUUUUCACAUAACCGGUGAUUCCACUUACCAACUCAUAAAAAAAAACUUUUAUUUUGGUAUUAACACUAUGUAAUUUUAUAC